CUUUUCCCAUAAAUCUGUUAAACAUGAGAUUUAGCGAAAGAUCUUGUAUUAUAAAUGACAUUUUAGGACAUACUUACAAUACUGAAACCUUAUGCAUUAUUAUGAGCACAUCCAUAUCGGUAAACAAUCAAGGCUUUAACAGCUUUGAGCAAGAUAAUUCAGUAGAUUUGAUAGAAAGGUUGGCCAAAAAUUACUAAUUUCAAAAGUUUGCCUACAAAUGUGACCGAUGAGAGUUAUUAUCAACAACUACAGAAAGAAUUAAAGCAACCAGUUCUUUACAAAAAAUAAUUCUAAAGACCAAGAGGAAGAAUAGCGACCAUAGGCAGAGAGUUUGGAAGCCUAUAUAAAAGUUUACCAGACUCUUAGUUAUCUUUUAUCAAGGAUAAAGAGUAGCCACCUCUCAAAUACUAAAUUUGUAUUACUCAAGGCUAUUAGCGAUGCUCAUCAAGAUCGAAGAUAUUUAAUCUGCCAUGCUUUUAAAUUUGUCAGAAUCUGACUUUGACAAGACUAGGAACGACCAAGAAAUUGAUGCUUAUCAUGUAAAGUAAGGUUUUACAUACAAAUUGUUAAAGAUAAGAUCACUAAAGCUUUAUUAAAAAUUAUGAUACCUCAAAAACCUCAGUUGAUUGUAAACUAUAUCGACAAAAAACUGAAUUAUUCAACAUCGCAGCGCAAUAUUUGAAGAACAGUAUUUCAGGAACUCUUAAGAUUACUGUUCAUUACUCCUACCCCAAAGGAAGAAAUUGUGCUGGAAAAGAACGCUAUAUUCACCAAAGAUGAUAUCAGUCCGAGGAAAUAAUAGCCUUGUGUUAAAUAUUGACUAGCGCAGUUUUAAUAAAAGCCUUUAAAGCAUCCAUUCUUAACUGCCUCCCAAUAAGUCAGGAUACAUACUCAACCAAAAUAGAUUUGGAAGAGCUAGUUUAAUCCUUUGAGUCUCCUUGACUGGAAAACGGGCAAGAGUGAUGCAAAUGGAUACAAUAAAUACGACACUUUUAAAGGAUUUAGCUGUUU